UAGCAGAAUAAGCAGAGACUUGGCUGUCAGUAACAACCAGGUGAAGCAGAGACCCGGCUGUUACUGACAACCUACCGUUACCAAGUGUAACAAACUCUAUAUUUAGGAAGAACAACCCAGAGCUAUGAAAAGAAUCCAUUCUGCACUUCAGCUACCAAACUGGGUUUAUCUCUAAGCCCAGAGACAGCUCGAAGUGCAAGGCAGACAACGAAGCUCUCCAGAAUCACAUAUCAGCUGCUCUAAAAAGGAUCUCUGGCAAGAAUACCAACAGGAAAAAAAGAAGAGGUGUGUAGGGGCAGGAGAGGGAGCUGAUUUUGGCUCAGUUUUGAACUGCCGAACUGCCCUGCAAAAGAAACCUUCAGCAAAAAGCAAGGAAGAAGAUAUAAUCAAUUAAAAUGUCUAAACAGCCAGCAUCACAUGUCAGAUCUAUCCAGGCCAAUAUAAACAUCCCCAUGGGAGCAUUUCGGCCAGGAGCUGGCCAGCCACCCAAGAGAAGGGACUUUACACCUGAAGCAGACUUUACACCUGAAGCAGAGCAGACAGUUGAACAAGAAUCACCAAAUGAAGAGAAGAAACAGCUUCCUGGGGCAGUAAAACUUCCUGGACCAGCAUUCAACCUCUCUGAAAUCCAAAACAAAAAAAGUGGACUUAAGUUUGUACCAAGGGCAGAGGAACAAUAGUCAUCAGGAAAAGGUCUGGCAAGAAGGUGCGGGCGAAAAUUGUGAUCUAAAGGAUGGAAAGCAGUGGAAAUAUUUUUUUAUAUUUGUUAAAAAUCCUUCAACGCUGCACACCGCCACAGUACAGCAAAUAAAUUAUUUGUACAUUUGUAUUCAUUGUUCAUAGACAAGAUUUCUUAACACAGAGAACAUAAAUAAUCCGGAUUGUAUUCUCUAUUAUGAAAUUAGUUUACGAAUGUUAGAAAUCAGAAGUUCAACUUAAAAAUAAAAUAUUUUCCAAAAAUGAUCUCUCAUAUUUGAAAACUGAAAAUGUAUUUAUUGUAAAGAUUUAAUAAACAUAUCCUGUCUCACAGAG